AUGCUCCGGUUGAUAGCUUUAUCACUACUACUGUUAACAGUUCAAGGCCAAGAAGAGGCCCGGAGAGUCCUCUACGGACUUCCACCUCUACCUGACGACCGUAAGUCUUGGAAUUUUUGGCAUUUUUAGUAUUCUCGAUCAAAAAAUAGUCAUGGAUAAUAUAAAAUUUUGCGAAAUAACCGGCAGAAACGCCUGAUUCAUUUUCUAAAAGGCCUUAAAAUUUACUUCACCAUCAAAAAAAUGAUGUAAACUAUAUUUUACAACCUUUUAGUGCCUUGCAACACAAUGCCAAAAAAUGGCGGGAAAUUGAUUUUUUUGAAUUUUUAAAUAUAGUUUUAGUGUAAAGUAUGGCCAUAGACGAAGUUGUGUUCAUAUUUGACCUUGAUUUAGCCAUUUCCCGGCCUUGCAACACAAUGCCAAAAAUGGCGGGAAAUUUCAAUUUUUAAAUUUUAAGCCGAUAAUUGAUAUGUAAUAUGCUUAGAAAAAUAUUCGCGAAUAGGUAGUCGAUUUUCUUAAAGCGUAUUUUACCCUAAUUAGCAAUUUCCCGGCCUUGCAACACAAUGCCAAAAAUGGCGGGAAUUUAAAUUUUUUGAUAUUAAAUCGGAUUUUUGCUCUCUAUAGUUUCUUUGCAUCAAAUUUAGGAGCUCUAAACAAAUAUUUAUAGAAAUUUUGCGUAUUUUACUCUAUUUUCUCCCAAAAAAAUCGCAAAAAUAUUAUUUUUUCAGCCACCACAACUCACGCUCCCCCUCCGUCAAUCCGGCCGCGGAUUUUCCGUUUCGGCCCAUUGAUUCAUCCAGUGAUCCAUCAUCCCCCAAUCCCACCACCAGCCCCUCCACACCAUCAUCCUUUGCAUUUGGCGUUGCCAGCUUUGGGCAAUCCAUUCGAUAACUACUACAAUAUAAAUCCCAUUCCUGAGCUUCCACCUCGCCCCGAGAACAAACUAAAUGGAUUCUAUGACUUGGAUGGGAACUUUGUGCCCUAUGGAAAUGAGGCGGUAGGUUUUUUGGGGACAAAAAAUUCAAAUUUUCGUUUUCCCGCCAACCUUGGCAUUGUGUUCUAAGGGUUGCUAGAUGUUAUGGAACUUUAUAAAGUUUAUAAUGUGUUACUACGGCGUAUUUUACAAAUCAUAUAAUUCAAUUUUAUCAAAUUUUUGGUCAUUUGGAAAAACUUAUAUUAUCCAUGACAUUUAUUUAUAAUUUUUCAAAACAAGACACAAUUUUAUUCUAUGAAAAGGUUCAAAAUAUAUUACAUGAUUGCUUCAGACAACCAUUUAUCGCUUUACCUUGUCUAAUUUGCAUAUCUAAAAUUCUACAAACAACUUUCAUCGUAUAAGAUGUCCUAAACAGUACAAAGGCUCCGAAAAUAUCCACUUUUAUCUGAAUAAUAGUUUUUGGCACUUUUCAUGUCUUACCACAGCCUUUGGCGUUAUUUAAACCGCUUGUUGCAUAAUGCCAAAGCUUUCAGGUUUUCGCUGUGGAACCCAAAUUUAAAUUUUAAAACGCCGUAUUUUUAUAGUAAGAUAAUUUAAAAAGCCUCUAACCAGUUAAGCGUAUAAUAAAGAAAUUCCAAAUUUUUAAAAUACGGUUUUUGAUACCAUAAAUUUAUAAAACAUCUGAUAUUACCCUUGAUUUCAGAACCUCCAAUCCGAAUCCUCCGGCCACUCCCGUCCGAAACGCGCUCCCAUGACCGAAGAAGACCUCAGACGGAGACUUUUGGAGGAGGAAUACGCUUACGAUGAUGAACUGAGCGAGCCAAAAAUCCAGAAUGUUGGAACCACCCGCAUUCCCUCCAAAAGUGCCGCCAAAAAUGGGAAACAACUGCAAAGAGCGAGACAUAUGGUGUCGCAUGAUACAGAAAAUCCAAGUAAAGACUUUUGCUGAUAUUUUGAGAGAUUUUGGGUUUAUUGCCUGAGGGGAUUUCCAAUUUUUGGGUAUUUUUUAGGAUUUUUUUGCCAAAAAAGUCAAAAAAAUUUGCAAACUGAGAAAACUUUAUCUUUUUUUGCAAAAUUCUGGGGUCUCUUGAACUUUUUCACCACAAAAAUAACAAAAAAAAAACAUAAAAUACUCGAAACCCAUUAAAUUCCUCUUAUUUUCUCAAUUUCAGCUCCAUCAAAAGCCAACUUGGCGCCGAAACGGCCAAGAAAGCAAGGAGUGAUCAACCAUAAUCCCACUACAACUACCAAAAAACCAGUCAGCGUUCAUCCCAGAUUCAUUCCACACCCACCAAAAGCCCGAAGACCCUCUCAAAAACCGAAACAGGUCCUAACUCCAGCUUAUCAGCAGCAGAAUCAGCAGCAAGUGCAGCCAGCAUUUUACCCCAGCAACCAAUAUUCUCAAGCGGUAAGGGUUAUUGGAAAUCUUUACAGAGUUUUUUAUUUUUUUCGAUGCACAGUGCAGUUUUUUGACGUUCGAUUUUUUUGCACCGUGCAUUGCGUAAGAGGAAUUUUUAUCGCACUGUGCAAAAAAUGCUGACUAAAAUAUUGCACUGUGCAGAAAAAAAUGAAUUAUUUUUUCCGACCAGUUGAACUUUUUUUCCAACUUUUUUCUGCACCGUGCAAAAAAAUUAAACCUAGCGUUUUUACCGCACUGUGAAAAAAAUAUUUGCAAAAUUUGUACUAUGCGAAAAAUUAAGAAAAUUUCGUCUGCACAGUGCAAAUUUUUUGAUUCUUUCUUGUCGGAAAUGUGCAAAAUUUAAGCCUAGCUUUAUUUAUCGCACCGUGCAAAAAUUAUUUUUAUUGCACUGUGCGAAAAACUAAGAAAAAACCAUCUGCACAGUGAAAUUUUUUGACUUUUCCUGUCUGCACCGUGCAAAAAUUCAGCCUAAUUUUUGAAUCGCACUGUGCAAAAAUUAUUUUAAUUGCACUGUCCGAAUAAUUGGAAAAAAGCCUAAUUUACCAUCUGCACGGUGCAAAUUUUUAAGAUUUUCCCGUCCGCACCGUGCAAAAAUUAAACCUAGCUGUUUUAUCGCACUGUGCAAAAACUAUUUGUAAAUUGCACUGUGCAAACCAAAAAAAAUUCAAAAAUAUAUUUCUCAAAUAAUAGUCGAAAAAAUUUCAGCCCCAACCCGCCCAAUUCCGCCAAUAUUACCAGCCGCUGCCUCCAGUCCAGCACGCGGCUCCCAGUUUGCAACGGCCAGUGGUGGCCGAGAACCGCGAUCCUCAAGUUGUGGCCUACUUGAAGGACGUGGAGGACUACGACUGGGACUUCAAAGGCGAAAGACCCGAUUUGCUGAAGCUGGCGGGUCAAGACGCGAAGGCGACCACUCCCGAGACGCUCGUUCCGUUGAAUGGGAAGAGCGACCGAGCGCUGGUCGCCACAACUUUGGCUCCAUACUCGCCCGCCACGUUCCCAACGGCGCGAUAUGGGCCUGGGGCGUCGACCAGUUUGCCGGCCGCCGGAAUUCAAAGCCCUCCGGGUAAGAAAUGGGGGAUUUUUGAAGAUUUUUGCCUAGUGUAAUAUAAUUUUUGAUAGGGAAAAUUUGAAUCUCAGAGGUUGAUGAAACUUGACAAAAGUUUAGAUUUGAAUUUUCCAAGACAUAUGAGAGAUUUUGAGCUCGAGAUUUGAAGAAAUCAUUGAAAUUUUUAGAUCGAAAAAUCCCGGAAAAUAAUUUUUCGAUCUAAAAAUUUCGAUGAUUCCUUAAAAUCGUAAGCCAAAAAUCUGGCAUAUGUCUUAGAAAAUUCAAAUCUAAAUUUUCCCCAAGUUUCUUCAAUCUCUGAGAUUCAAAUUUUCCCUAUCAAAAAUUAUAUUACACUAGGCAAAAAUCAUCAAAUUUCCUUUUGCAAACUGCAUUUUCAAUUCAAAAAAUUUUCAGCGUUCACUCCAGCGCCUCAACAUGAUAUUUUGGGGCUGUUUGGAGGUACCCCGCAUCCACUACUUUCUGGAUUUGGGCAAAUUUUGAAUGGCUUCCAAGGGCUUGGAGGCCGAUGA